CGAAGGGAGGCAGGAAGGAAGGAAGGAGGAAAAGAGGGGUGGACCGUGAGCGGGAAGGCCGCGCUGUGGCCAAAGCUCUCUGGGCAGUUUACAUCUAGAAAAUGAGUGACAGUGAUGAUGAUGUCCCUCAGCUUUCAUCUGAAGCCUUAGCUGCUCUACAAGAAUUCUAUAUUGAACAACAGCAAAAAGAAGACAUUAAGAUAACAGAAAAAUAUCUUGGAUCAAUAGAAGAGAACUGGCAACUGAGCCAAUUUUGGUAUGAUACAGAAACUGCACAACGUUUAGCUAAUGAGGCUGUAAUAGCAGUUGGAAGAGGUGGAAGGAUAGCAUGCGUUAGUGCACCCAGCGUUUAUCAAAAAUUGAAAGAGCUGGAUAGCAAAGAUUUUUCAGCAUACAUAUUGGAAUAUGACCAAAGAUUUUCUGUGCAUGGAGAUGAAUAUAUUUUCUAUGAUUAUAACAAUCCUUUGAAUCUUCCGGCCAACCUCACAGCACACAGCUUUGACAUAGUCCUAGCAGAUCCACCCUACCUGUCUGAAGAAUGUCUCAGAAAAACUACAGAAACCAUAAAAUACUUAACUAAAGGAAAGAUUCUGCUUUGUACAGGCUCAGUCAUGGAGGAAUAUGCCGCAAAGUAUCUUGGAGUGAAGAUGUGCAAGUUUAUUCCAAAACAUACUCGAAACUUAGCCAAUGAAUUUCGAUGUUACACAAAUUAUGAUUCUGGACUAGAUUCUGAUUCUGUCUCUUCAUAACACUCAUAAAAAUGGCAAAAUAUUUCAAACAGGUGGUGGUCGUGGUGCAUUUUUCCUACUCUGGUGAUGUGAACAUUCGUCAUUUCUUUUUUGAUGGUAUGUUUUGGUGUACCAUGCCUAGCAGGAGAUUUGGGCUAAAAGAACUCAGGUGAGAUGUAGUACCAUACAUACUUUUGUCCAUCAUAAUAUGUUGUUGUUUUUAAAGUAACUUGCCACUCAUUACAGUAAUUUGCCACUCACUACAGUGUACAGAGCUGACCUAUGCCUGGUCCUUUAUGAACGUAAUGGAUGCUUUAUAAAAUGCUAGGAAAAUAGCUACAGUCUUUUAUUGUACAAGUUCCAUUUAUGAUCUUUAUUCUGCUUUAAUUGGUAGCCACUUCUGUCAUGCCGCGGGUUGUUGAGGCAGCAG